AUGGACCACCCUGUGAGUACUCUCUUCCAGAGCUUAGCUCGCACCGCGCGGCUGCAUCCGACGCGACCGUUCCUUGGCCACCGCCCUGUCGACGCCAAUGGUGACGCCGCCCCCUACGAGUGGCAGUCGUAUGCGAGCUGCUACGAGCGUAUCCAAGCCAUUGGCUCAGCGCUCUUGAGCUCAGAUUUAAUCGCGUCGUCCGACGACGAUGGCCACAAGCUCCUCGGUAUUUACAUGAAGAAUCGACCCGAGUGGGUCCUGGCGCAGUACGCGGCCUACUACGCCGGCGCAACCGUCGUGCCCAUCUACGACACGCUGGGCGUGACGUCGACGACGUUCAUCCUCAACCAAACCUGCCUCGCAACCGUUGUCUGCACGUCAGUCGAAGCUGCGAGCUUGUUGGAGAAGGCUGCGUCAGCGCCGCAGCUGCGCCACCUCGUGCUCUGUGAUGUGGAAAAGCCCAGCGAGGCCAUCACGACGGCAGCAACAACUCACAACCUGAGCGUGACAACUUUGAAGGCGCUGGAGGAGACCGGCCGUGUGGCACGGCAGCCACCUGCGAGUGUUGCGUGCACUGACGUGGCCAUUUUGAUGUAUACGAGCGGAACGACGGGCAACCCCAAGGGCGCGCUUUUGACCCACGCGUGCCUCCUCGCGCUGUUUCCCGGCAUCGACGACCGCAUUCUGCCCUUUGAGCCGGUCGCCUCCAUUUACCUCGCCGGCCCCGUCAUGCUUUCGUACUUGCCGCUCGCUCAUGUUGGUGAAAAUCAGCUGCAAGCGUACGUCAUCCAUCACGGCGGCGCGAUCGGCUUCUACCAGGGCAGUCCGCUCAAGAUUGUCGACGACCUCCAGGCGCUGCGCCCGACUAUUUUCUUUAGCGUCCCGCGCCUGCUCAACCGCAUCUUUGACAAAAUCAUGGAAGCUGCGCUCGGAGCUGGUGGUGUUAAAGCCUGGCUUUUCCAAGCUGCGUACGACGCCAAGCUAGCCGGUGUCAAGGAAGGCCGCCUUGACCACUGGUUCUACGAUCGGCUGGUCUUCAACCCGCUCAAGGCGAAGCUCGGUCUUGAUCGGUGCGGCUUGCUUGUUUCUGCGGCCGCGCCGCUGGCCCCGUCGGUGAUGAACUUUUGGCGCGUCGUGCUCGGUCGCCCUUGCGUUGAAGCAUACGGGCAAACCGAGACCGCCGGCAUUGCAUCUGUGACCGAGUUCUCCGAUCUUGACCCGGGUACCAUCGGUGUUGCGCUCACGAGCGCAGAGAUGAAGCUCAUCUCAGCGCCAGAGAUGGGGUAUCUCACGAGUGACACGCGCCACGGUGACGAAGUCGUCAAGGGGCGUGGCGAAGUGUGCAUUCGAGGCCCCACAGUCUUCUCAGGCUACUUCAAGGAACCCGAGAAGACGGCCGAGGCGCUUGAUGCUGACGGCUGGCUACACUCGGGUGACAUUGGCGUCUGGACAGCCGACGGUCGCAUCAAGCUCAUCGACCGCAAGACCAACAUCUUCAAGCUUGCCCAAGGCGAGUACGUGGCCGCAGAAAAGAUCGAGAACGUCCUCCAGUCUUCGUCCCUCGUCAAUCAAGCGUUUGUCUACGGUGACAGCUUCCGGUCGAGUCUCGUUGCCAUCAUUGUCCCCGACGAGAUCGCUCUCUCGGCGCUUGCAGCUUCACUGCACCUCGAUGGGUCGUUGGCCGACUGGUGCCGCAACUCCGAGAUCGUAUCCGCCGUCCUCGCCAAUUUGACCAAGCAAAGCAAGCAGGAGGGUCUACUCGGCUUUGAGACAGUGCGCGCGGUGCUGCUCGAGCCGACGCCUUUCUCGGCGGAGAACGGCUUGCUCACACCGACAUUCAAGCUCAAGCGUCACGAUGCCAAGGUCGUCUACGCCAAGAUAAUCGACGCGCUGUAUGCGUCCAGCGGUGACGUCACCCACGUUGCGUCGCUGGGUUGAGGUUGCCGUUUAAACCAGCCAAUCAGAGUCCAGC